AACAUCGACGGAAAAAUGAGAGGUUCAGCCUUAAAAAUAAUUGUUCGGAGCUUUUCGCGUUUCUCUCAACGUUUGGAUAAAUACUCUGUUCGAAGAAUUGGAUUGUAUGGGAUAUCACGCUUGAACGGACAUAGAUUGUGUUACGUCACAAUGCCUGGAUUUUUUUCGAAGUUUAUGUCAUGCGUCUCAAGCCCAGAAGUGCAUUUGCCUUCCGAGGGGCUUGUGAUGAAAACAGUGGACUGUGAUUGGAUGAAACUGACCAAUCAGACUGCUCACAGAACAAAUGAAUAUGAGACUUCCGCCCUUGUUUUUCGUAGAGGUCAAAGUUUCAAAGUCAAGGUCGCUUUCCAACGGACUUUCAACGAAGCAGGGGAUGAAGUGUACUUGGAGUUUGCCAUCGGAGCAAACGCACAACUGGUCAACGAUACCAAAGUUCGCAUAAAGAUGGGACAGGUAUUGGAUCCCCAGAAAUGGAGCAUGGUUCUGGCCGACUCGGAUGAGACAUCCAUCACUGUUGAAGUUAGCAUCCCUCCUAAUGCAAUUGUGGGAAAAUACAAAACCGUCGUCGAGUUCGUUAGCAAGCUUGAGAACGGCGAAAUCAAGAGGUCACGUGACAAAGAGCCUGACGUCGUGAUCAUUUUCAAUCCUUGGUGCAAAGACGACUCUGUCUAUUUGGACGACGAGGCACAGAGGGAAGAAUACGUUCUCAACGAUACCGGAAAUAUAUACCGUGGCUCUACUUGGAGAAUCAGCCCUAAAAGAUGGAAUUUUGGGCAGUUUGAAGAAAACAUCUUGGACGCUGCUUUGAGAAUCAUCGACUCUGAUUCAAGAACGUCAUCCAAAAGUGGGAAAUGGCUGCAAAAACGGAGAGACCCAAUCUGGAUUGUGAGGGCGGCAUCUGCACAGGUCAAUGACGGCGUUCUUGUUGGAAACUGGUCAGGAGACUAUGAAGGUGGUGCUUCUCCUCUUACUUGGAACGGUAGCGUCAAGAUUCUUCAGCAAUAUUACAACACAAAACGCGAAGUGAAGUUCGGACAAUGCUGGGUUUUCUCUGGCGUAAUGACAACUAUUUUGCGAGCCCUUGGUAUUCCUACUCGCAGCGUCACCAACUUUGCGUCCGCCCACGAUACCGAAGGAUCGAUGACUAUUGACAAAUACAUCAACAAAGAAGGCGAAGAAGUCGAUCUUGGAGGCGACAGUGUGUGGAAUUUCCACGUCUGGAACGAAUCUUGGAUGACGCGUCCAGAUCUUCCCAAAGGAUAUGAAGGGUGGCAGGUAAUUGAUGCCACGCCACAGGAAAUCAGUUUGGGAUUGUACCAGACAGGACCAGCUCCACUAACAGCCAUUAAGAAGGGAGAGGUAUAUCUUGGCUACGAGACCCCAUUUGUGUUUGCGGAGGUCAAUUCUGAUCGAGUUACCUGGGUUGUUGAGAAAGAUGACGGCAAUGCAGAGAUUACAAGUGUUGGCAGAAGAUAUACCCAAAACGUUGGCAAAUUUAUCAGCACGAAAAAAGUUGGAGAAGACGAUCGUGAAGACAUUACUGACCAGUAUAAGUUUAAAGAAGGAAGCCCAGAAGAGAGAGCUGCGUUCAAACUCGCCUACGGAUUUGGAUCUCAACCAGAUUAUCAGAGAGGAUUCCUUGCUCUACAAGACGAGGAAACAGCGGAUGGUGUUGAUUUUGAGUUUACCACCGACCCAGUAGACGCCAAUCUUUUCAAUGGCGACGAAUUUACCGUAAAAGUAACCAUGAAAAACAAAGGGUCUGAGAAGCGUACCGUCAACGUGACUUCGACUCUGCACAGCACCUUAUACACCGGAGUGCCGAAAGCCUUUGUGAAAAGAGCGAAAUUUGAUGAAAUAGUAAUGGAGCCGAAUGCAUCCGUAACCAAAGAGAUCAAAGUUGCGUACAACGAAUACUCAAGCAAGCUGGUCGACCAAAAUGCCAUGCGCAUUAUGUCUGUAGCUACGGUGAAGGAGACUGGCAAGAUGUUCUCGGAAGAUUAUGAAUUCAGAUUGGAGAAUAAACCUGACAGCGUUAAAAUUGUGACUGAAAAGGAGAUGCAAGUCGGUAAGAAGUCGAACGUUACGGUUGAAUUCACAAAUUUCCUGCCUGUUAAGCUUACUCACGUGACUAUCUCGCUUGAAGGACCAGGAUUGUCGUCACCUGUAACACAUAAAAUUGCUGGUCAGGUUCCUCCGGGUGAAAAAGUGGAGUCAACUUUUGUUAUCACUCCAAAACGUGCCGGAGUUAGCCGUUCUAUAAUUGCCGACGUAGACACGAGACAAAUCCAGGAUCUCAAGUCGUACGAAUUUAUCCGGGUGAAGGCUGCUCCGGAACCGGAAGCUGCAGCCGCUCCCCGCACCACCGAAGCCGAGGUAAAACCGACGGCCGCUGCAACCGAAGAAGGCAAGGAUAAAUGAUCAGAAAAGCAAACUUUAUAAUUAUAUUAUUGGUGUCAUAAUGCAAACUGAUGGAGUUUUAUUGUUGAUUUAUACUAUAGAAUAAUGAUGUCAUAAAGAUGCAUCCUGACGUCACAAUCAGGUAUAUCAUCUCCAUUCAAUUGAGCUACUACAUCAUUUUUUUGAAAUUCGGUACACUUUCCCCAAUGAAGCGUAUAUUUUCAUCUAAUUGCGUCACUAAUGACGUCAUAGAUUUGUGUAAUGUUUAACAUAUCGUUUGAUGUUUCAUUAUGUCAUUCGAAUUUAGCCUCUCCGUAAGUUGUUUUUUUUCACAUCUAGUUGUAAUGAAUGCGGUAGAGCUCGCUGCAUUUAGGUUUGAGUCCAGGUCAAAGGUCAACCGGAUAUGUCAUUACUAAAAACUUAGGACUAAUGUACGCUCUUUCUGUUACUGAUAAAACAGGUCGAAUUUACUACUCGUGGAUUUUCCGUACAAUUUGCUGUAAUAUCUUCCAUAUAUAUCCUAAUAAAGUAAAACUGAAAUGGCUG